CCCAACCGCACCACCUCCUCCUAUUCCUCCCCUGUCCCCGCACUUGCCACAUCCAGACCGGAGCAGGCUCAGCUCGCGGCAGCAAUGCCCCCGGACGGCGACGCGGAGCUGGCGGCGGACGAGCUGCAGAGCCUCAGCUUCGGCUCCUCGGAGCGCUCCCGCUCCGCCUCCACCGUCUCCACCGCCACGGCCUCCUGCUCCACCUCCUCCUCGGGGCCAAUCGGCGUCUCCAACCCCUCCGCCCUCGCCCCGCGGCUCGGCACGGUGCAGCUCUCGGACAUCCGCUUCGUGCGGCGCCUCGGGGCCGGGGACAUCGGCAGCGUCUACCUGGCCGAGGUGAAGGGGAAGGGCGGGGCGCUGGUGGCGGCCAAGGUGAUGGACCGGAAGGAGCUCCAGGGACGGAACAAGGAGGGCCGCGCGCGCACCGAGCGUGAGAUCCUCGAGGCCGUCGACCAUCCGUUCCUUCCGCGCCUCUACGGGGUCGCCGAGGGCGAGCGCUGGUCCUGCCUCCUCACCGAGUUCUGCCCCGGCGGCGAUCUCCACGUCCUCCGCCAGAGGCAGCCGCACCGCCGAUUCCCCGAGGCCGCCGUCAGGUUCUACGUUGCGGAGGUGGUGGCCGCGCUGGAGUACAUCCACAUGCUGGACAUCGUGUACCGGGACCUCAAGCCGGAGAACGUGCUGGUCCGCGCCGACGGCCACAUCAUGCUCACCGACUUUGAUCUCUCCCUCAAGUGUGAUCCGACGGCCCCGACUCCGGCGCACGUCAUCUCCGACCCCGUCGGCCUCACCGGCCGCUCCUCCACGUCGUCCACCUGUAUAAUCCCUUCCUGCAUCGUCCCGUCGGUGUCGUGCUUCAGCCUCUUCCCCGGGCGCGGCCGCCGGCGCCGACGCCGCAACAAGGCCUCGGGUGGCGGUGGGAACAUGAGCGGAAACAACAGCAGCCUUCCCACGGGCGUGCUGGACCUGGAGUUCGUGGCGGAGCCGGUGGAGCUGCGGUCCAUGUCAUUCGUGGGCACCCACGAGUACCUGGCCCCGGAGAUCGUGUCCGGCGAGGGCCACGGCAGCUCCGUGGACUGGUGGACGCUGGGCAUCUUCAUCUUCGAGCUCCUCUACGGGGUGACGCCCUUCAAGGGGUACGACAACGAGAUGACCCUGGCCAACAUCGUGGCCCGCGCGCUCGAGUUCCCAAAGGACCCCUCCGUGUCGUCCGCCACCAGGGAUCUCGUCACCGCGCUUUUGGCCAAGGAUCCGGCGCGAAGGCUCGGCGCCACGGUCGGCGCGGCGGCCAUCAAGCGGCAUCCCUUCUUCAACGGCGUGAACUGGGCGCUGCUCCGGUGCGCCACGCCGCCGUACGUGCCCCCGCCUUUCAGCGCUGCUGUCACCACGGCUGCUGGCUCCGGCCCGGGGAAGAAGAAGAAGAAGAACCCCAACGACGACGACGACGACGACAUGUCGGACGACAGCUGCCCCGGCACGCCCGUGGAGUACUACUAGGAAGGAAGGAAGCUCCCAUGCACGUACGUGCAAGGUGCAACCAACAAGAUGCUGCCACUGCCGGGACCCAAGCUCGUACUCCUACGUAGGUACCUUGUCCGACGCUGGAUGGCGCACGUGGUGGGGGAGGGCUGGACCGGGCGCACGAGGCAACCUUUGAUUGAUUGGGAGCAGGGCGCGCGCGCGGCCAGGCGCAGCGCUGUCGCGUCAAAUAGUUGCCGGCUGAGUCUGAGUGCGUGCACGCACGCCCUUCCAGUAAUAACUCAUCGUUGCUUCUUCCUAUUUUGACAUUACAUCGAGUAGUAGUGUGACGCAUACUAGUUAGUAGUAAUACGUAGUAGAGUUGUACUAUUGUGAGCGCUGCUUGCUAUGAGGUCUAAGUCAGGGUAAGUAUUGCUCUGCUCGUAAUAGUGCUUUUUUCCGCAAAGAUGGUUAAUAAUGUGAUGUGCGUUUUGGGCA